AUGCAAGGCGAUAGAUUCUAUGAGACUCUUCCUGAAUGGGAACCCAUGAAGGAAAAUCGCGAAGCUCCGCCGCCAUCGGAGAACCCUCAACCAUCAACCUCUCCAAAGAAAUGGCAACUCUUAAGAUCUACGACCACCCUCUUCUCUUCUUCAAAAAGUGACGAAGGCGGUUUUGACGGAGCUCCAAGCUUUGCGAGUAACUCGAAGUGCCAACCACUCCCAACCAGAAAUCAACCCUUUGCACCAGAGGGAUCAGUUCACCACUCGCACACCACUACCGCAAUCACCAAUAUUGGCCCACAUCUUCCACAACACCUUAAGUUGAAUUUUCCCAGAUUCAAUGGGGAAGACCCAAUCAACUGGAUCUACAGGGCUGAACAAUAUUUUGAGUUUCAGAACAUUGUAGCUGAAACCCAAGUUCAGUUUGCCUCCUUCCAUCUUGAAGGCAUUGCACUCCAGUGGCACCGCUGGUUGACGAAGUUUCGAGGACCCCUUUCUUGGAAUGAUUUCACCAAGGCCAUUCUCCUCAGGUUCGGUCCUACCGAAUAUGAAGAUCCUUCUGAAGCAUUGUCCCGCCUAAAGCAGACAAUUACAGUGGCUGCAUAUCAGGAGGCAUUUGAGAGACUCUCCCACCAAGUCGACGGAUUACCUGAGCCAUUUCUCAUCGGUUGCUUUAUUGCAGGGUUACGUGAUGACAUUCGCCUAGACGUCAAGAUUAAGCAACCACGCACGCUUGCAAGUGCCAUUGGAGUAGCAAGACUGAUUGAAGAGCGUAAUCUCCUUCAAAAGAAAACAGCAACUCCUAGCCGCAUCCCAAUGACAGCGACACUACAAAAGGGACCUAACCCUUCCGCGGGAAUUCUUGGACCUAAUCCAACCCAGUGGUCCAAUAAUAGCUUAAAUCCUUCUUCGUUGCCGGGACACCGAUGUGAACGGCCCCAGCUUUUCAUGAUCACGGAUACACCACCAGAAGAGGAAGAAGCUCUAGGUGACAACCAGCAAGGAACAAAGGGGAUUAACACCUUACCUGAGAUAUCAUUCCAUGCCAUUACCGGGGGUGAACACCCGCAAACCCUCCGUGUUCUAGGCCGAUUGAAGAACAAAGACCUAACUGUCUUGAUUGAUGGCGGCAGCACUCAUAAUUUCAUUGAUCAAAUGGUUGUCUCCAGAUUCGGAUUACCAGUCAUAAGAGAGAAGAAACUCCAGGUGAUCGUGGCAAAUCAAGAACGGAUCGAGUGCAUGGGGCAAUGUCCAGGACUUAUGCUCACCAUCCAAGGAAUUCCUGUCACGACAGACUACUACAUCCUACCAGUGGCAGCUUGUCAGGUGGUCUUGGGGGUCCAGUGGUUGGAGACUCUAGGUCCAAUUGAAUCAGACUAUAAGGCUCUCACUAUGUCAUUCAAAUUGGGAGGCACCAAGCAUACUCUUCAUGGGGUAAGACGCACUGCUGGAAUUUUUAACAUUGAGGCUUUGGAUGACAGGGAAUGUACAAAUCUAUGGGGCACAGGAUUUUUUUUUCAAAUUAUUCCUACACACAACCAGUCCUCUUCACUUCGACAAUUGCCAGAAAUGGUAGAGCUGCUGAACCAAUAUGCUCGGGUUUUCAAGAAACCAACAAACCUGCCUCCUAAACGCCCACACGAUCAUCGAAUUCCACUGCAGCCUAACACUGAACCAGUCAGUGUGAGACCAUACCGAUAUCCAUACUACCAGAAAGCAGAAAUAGAGCGAAUGGUGGCUGAACUCCUUCGUUCGGGACUAAUUAGACCAAGCAUGAGCCCUUUCUCCUCACCGAUGUUGUUGGUCAAAAAGGCUGAUGGCUCUUGGAGGUUCUGUGUCGACUACAGGGCUUUGAACCAUAUCACCAUCAAGGACAAGUACCCUAUUCCAGUGAUAGACGAGUUAUUGGAUGAACUCCAUGGGGCCAAGUUCUUCUCUAAACUGGAUUUAAGAUCAGGAUACCACCAAAUCCGGAUGCAAGAAGAAGAUAUUCUGAAGACUGCUUUCAGGACCCACGAAGGACACUAUGAAUUUGUGGUCAUGCCAUUCGGGCUCACCAAUGCCCCAGCAACUUUUCAAAGCCUCAUGAACGAUCUCUUUCGGUCCUAUCUCCAAAAAUUCAUUCUCGUAUUCUUCGACGACAUACUGGUCACCUACUUGGGCCAUAUUAUUUCAGAAGAAGGAGUAUCUGUUGACCCGGACAAAAUACAGGCAGUAGUCACUUGGCCUAAGCCCACUACAGCUAGAGAAGUACGUGGGUUCCUAGGCUUAGCAGGAUACUAUCGAAAAUUCAUAAGCCAUUUUGGCGGCAUAGCAGCAUCCUUAACCAAACUCCUAACCAAAGACCAAUUCAAGUGGAGUAGUGAAGCAGAAGAAGCCUUCCACAAAUUAAAAGAAGUGUUGACCAAUCCGCCAACCUUACGUCUGCCAGACUUCACUCAAAGGUUCGUGAUAGAAUGUGAUGCAAGCGGGACUGGAAUAGGGGCAGUUCUCACUCAGUAUAACCACCCUGUGGCUUAUUUCAGUGAAGCUUUAAAGGGAUCAGCUUUGGCACUAUCCACCUAUGAGAAAGAAAUGCUGGCAGUUGUCAAGGCAAUCAAAAAGUGGCGUCCCUACCUGCUAGGUAAACCAUUCACAGUUCGCACUGACCAUCGGAGCCUUAAAUAUCUGCUGGAACAACGGAUUACCACUCCCGUAUAG